CACAGAACAGCUCAACUGCCUUGGUUAAUGCCUGCCAACUGCCGUGCAAGUGAAGAUCUUCAACUGGUUACUACUAAGAUUAUUUCUGCCCACAGUGCAGAGAGGAAUAGAUAGAUGCUGAACUGGAUCUUGAUGAGAAUGAGGAAGAGAAGUAAGAACGACCGCAUGCAGAUCCCUUGGAGGCAACCCUUGCUGUUAGCGGUAGAAAGGCAGAAUUCACAUAUGAGCAAAGAGAAGGAAUAUGAAGAGCAGAGGUCAGCUCCCUUGGAACCAGUCCAUCCUUUCUUUAGUCUUCUCCAAGAAUCACGGUCAGCUGUGGAGUCGAAGAAAGCCAAAAUGGGAAAACUAACACCAAGGGUUGUCAUUCCUUUAAUGGAGCCCUCAAAGAAAUGGAGAAAGUUUUCUUACUCUCCUCAGUGGAUUAGUAUAUUGGACGUGGCUCAGAAAAUCUUCGAUGAAGAAGAUAGAGUGAAGAAGAAACAAAAGCAGAAUAAAAGGGGAGGGGAGGAAAUGCUAGCAGGUGGGAAAUGGGAGGAGGGGAAAGGAGAAAUUAAAAGGGAACAAUUGUCUGACUUUUGUGCUCUAGAGGGCAUCCAACCAAAUCCUGGACAGGAUCUGCAACCCUCACGGGAGCAAUUGCCAACUCCAGGGCCAUCAUAUCUAAAGGCAGAGAAAGAGAUCUUAACAGCAAAUGAAAUAGAGGAUAUCAUCCAAGAAAUUGUGGCUGUCAGGGCUAAGGAGAGGCUCUCUGAAGAAAGCAUGCCUCCUGAAGGGAGAGAGAAGCUCUUCUAUCAAGAUGCCUCUUCUAUCAAUGUGCAGAAGCCGCGCUACCGGAGGAUGCCACACUAA